AUGGCUUGUGAGAGUGGCGGAUCAGUUGAGAAGAACUUAUGGAGCCGCGUCGUGACCACCGGUGCAAAGGUGAGGUGCAAGGUGGGAGUGCUGAGCAAGUCCCGUGGCGAUAAGACAAUCAACUUCUCCCGCUUCACCUUUAUCAUCAUUGUGGGUAAGAACAUGGACCUCCACUGCUUCGCAGAAUAA